AUGGCCAACCGACUGCUCGCCGACCGCGAUGCAUCACCUACGCGUUUUAAUCGCAAAUACGAUUAUCAGAGAGCUAAAUGCGAAGAUCUGACCCUUAUUCGCGAAUGGUUUGCGCUCGUGAAGAACAUAAUCGCGAAAUAUGGCAUCAACCUAGCUAAUAUCUACAACUUUGAUGAGACUGGCUUUAUGAUGGGCCUGAUCGCAAGCGGAAUGGUUGUCACAGGCGCGGAAAGGCGUGGAAGACCGAAAUCAGUCCAGCCUGGAAACCGGGAAUGGGUUACAGUCAUCCAGGCGAUCAAUGCGGAAGGCUGGGCGAUCCAGCCGUUCAUCGUGGUUGCGGGCCAAUAUCACCUCGCCAGUUGGUACCAAGAAAGCAACCUCCCGGGCGAUUGGGCUAUUGCCACGACUAAAACUGGCUGGACCGACAACGAGACGGGUCUUGAGUGGCUAAAGCACUUUGAUCGGCACACAAAGGCCCGAUCAACCGGUGGCUAUCGUCUUCUGAUCCUCGAUGGCCACGAAAGCCACCACUCGACUGACUUCGAGACAUAUUGCGAGGAAAAUAACAUUAUCACGCUUUAUUACUCGGUCAUUUUUGUCAAACCUCUUCCGGGUUAUCUCUUGUCGUACGAGUUCUGGGAGCGCCAUCUCUCCAGCGACAAAGCUUUACACUCGGCCGCAUGUGGUCUUCUCCUCUCCUAUACAUGGCUGGUGGCAUAUCGAACGGACUUCGAUAUCGCAAAAGAAUACUCUCUCCUUCCGGAAAGCCUGACCUGGAAUGCUUGGACGUCUUUUGUCACCAGUUUUCUAGAUCACCUCGAGGUGUCGGAAACCCAGUUAAUCAGCCAAAGAUAUCUAUACGGCGAGCUCCGAAUGAGUCGUAUCAACUACAUCUAUAAGCUCAUCCCGUCGCUUUGGUUCCGUGAUAACCCAAUGAGAGGAUUUAUGCCAACGUCUAUGUGGAAUAAGUCUUUCCUGGAACGCAAUAUUGCUCGACUUUUGGGUAUUUUUGUUUUCUUUUCACUCAUCCUCUCGGCUAUGCAGGUCGGUCUUGCUACGAGCCAGCUACAGGAGAACGUGAGCUUCGUCAACGCUUCAUACGGAUUUGUGGUCACCUCCCUAUUUAUCGUCUUACUAUCUGCGGUCAUCAGCCUGGUUAUUCUUGUAUGGCACGUACGAUAUAAGAUUAUUCUACCUUGGACUUUGAGUCUCCAAGAGAUCAGAGGGCAUGAUCUCUAG